AAUGUCAGGAAAGGGAUUUAUUUCCUGAUCCAUUAUAUAUAUACAUGGAUUUCGAAAAGUCUGCUAUGACCGCGGUUAAGAGUAUCAUUGGGGAUCACAUCGUAAUUAGAGGAUGUUUUUACCAUUUGUGUCAAAGUACACAUAGAAAAAUUCAGAAGCUGGGUCUGGAAAGCGAAUACAGGACCGAUGAAACUCUAAGUUUUUUUUGUGGCAUGAUGGACGGCUUAGCAUUCGUUCCGUUAUGUGAUAUGGACAUUGCAAUGACAUUCCUGAGAUCAGUUACUCCGAGCAAUGGUAAGGACAUACUUGAUUAUUUCGAUAAAAAUUAUGUCAGUGGAGUAUCAAGGGAGGUCAUGAGAAGCAAUUCUCAAUCCCAAACACGUCGAAUUGAGCCUCGAUGAAACCUGGAACGUCAAUCAGAGCACUCUCUCAGAUGAAGAACGAACAAAUAAUCAAGCGAAGGUUGGAAUCAUCUUUUUUCUAAUCUGGUUGGGAAUAAACACCCAUCAAUCUGGGUACUCAUUAAAAAAAUGAAAUGCGAGAUGGCUGCCGACGAAACCAAACUUGAAAGAUGGCGCGUAGGUAGUUGGACAUCGAAAACAAAAUCGCAGAGUUCUAACAACCAGAUUCGGCUAAAGAAACUUUGUGAAGAAUACCGUGAUGGGGUGCGAAGCCUUCAAGAUUU